GUGAUAGGUUAAGUUUUAGCUCGUGUUAUUUGACCCACCGGCGACCCAAUUUCCCGAAGAUAUCUUUAGCCCGAGAUAAAAUAUUCAAGCUCAUUAUGUCAGAGCCUGCCCAAAAGAAAGUAGCAAUGUCAGCACUCGAUCAGCUGAAAUCAUUUACGACAGUUGUCGCGGAUUCUGGGGAUAUUAAUGUGAUUGGGCAGUACAAGCCGACAGAUGCCACCACCAACCCUUCCCUUAUCCUGGCUGCCGCCAACAAACCAGAGUAUAAAAAGUUGAUUGAUGAUGCAAUCACUUACGCCAAAUCUGAGGGGAGCACACCAGCAGAACAGUUGGAUGCUGCCAUGGACAAGGUGUUUGUCAACUUUGGCCAAGAAAUCCUGAAAGUCAUCCCUGGACGAGUCUCCACUGAGGUUGAUGCCAGGUUAUCGUUUGACAAGGAUGCUAUGAUCUCACGUGCACAGAAGUUUAUUGCUCUGUACAAGGCAGCGGGAAUCGACAAGGACAGAAUCCUCAUCAAGCUUUCCUCUACCUGGGAGGGUAUCGAGGCGGCCAAGGUUCUGGAGAAGGAGUAUGGGAUACACUGUAAUAUGACCCUGCUGUUCAACUUCCACCAGGCAGUGGCCUGUGCAGAGGCUGGUGUGACCCUGAUCUCCCCAUUUGUUGGAAGAAUCUAUGACUGGUUUGUUCAGAAUACAGACAAGAAGGAAUUUGACUACCUUGACGACCCAGGCGUGCGCAGUGUGACCAGCAUCUACAACUACUACAAGAAGUUUGGCCACAAGACCGUGGUGAUGGGGGCGUCUUUCAGGAACACGAACCAGAUCAAAGGACUAGUGGGAUGUGACCUUCUCACUAUCUCCCCUGGAUUGCUGGACAAAUUAUCCAAGUCCACUGAAGACUUCGGACAACAACUGAGUGAGGAAUCAGCGAAAAAGCUGGACACUGAAAAAGUGGAGGUGAAUGAGGCAAUUUUCCGCUGGGAAAUGAAUGAGGAUGCCAUGGCCAACGACAAACUUUCCGAAGGCAUUCGCAAGUUUGCUGCUGAUGCUGUGAAGCUGGAAAACAUGCUCCAGUCUCGCUUCUAGAUAUCACCUAGUGUUCCACAUCUCAACAUUAAUUUAAUACAUAUCUUAAUAUUUUAUUUUGAAAUUUUGUUGAAAAAAAAACACAGACAUUUUUUUUUUAUAUAAAAAAACUUCUGAGUUUAGUUCAUUUUCAAAUGGAAAAAAGUUACGUAAAGGAGGUGUUUUACAUUUGAUUUUGUCUAUCACAUUUUGUUCAAAUUGCUUUUGGGAUGUUUAGUGCUUAGAAUUUGUUUUUUCACAUUCAUUAAAACAUGUAUAUGCCUUAUACCUGUUAAUUUUUUCUAUGAAAAAAGUAUGUAACAAAGGUCUGAAAUUGAUUAUUUCUUUUGCUGUCUCAUAUCGGCAAAUGUAAAUCCUGUUAUGCCUUUUAACACACUCUUUUUUAUUGUGGUUGCGCUGGAGGGACUUUUGAGGUUUUGAGAGAGAGAAACCUGUCACAGAUUGUGACAAAACAGGGAAUAUGGCAUCGUAAAUAAUCAUGAAAAAAUGUUAUAUUUGAUGUAGUAAAAACAACUUGUAUAUAGCAUUUUUGUUAUCAAAUGAUGUAAUGUGUUCGUUAAAAAAAAAUUAAAAAUACUAAUGUCCACACUCUUAUGAGAAUUUUUUCUGUUUGUUCACUUUUGAGGCAAAUAAUUUUGGUGUUUUGUUGUUUAAAAGGAUUUUUCUAAAAACCAUCAAUAAACAGGAAUGUUUAAUUUUAUUUAAUUAGAUCUCUACUUUUUUUCUGCGGGGGGUGGGGGGAUAUUGUGAUAAACCUUGGGUGCUGUCCUAUUGCUAAAACUUCAACCUUGGGCGUAACCACAUAUUAUGAUAGGCCAGUGAAGGCAAUAGCUCUGCAGCGCAGUGGUAUUCAUUACUGAACAUUAAACAUAAUGACAUUUACAUACAUGUAAUCAUUACAUAAAUUAGAAUUUGUGUAUAUAAAACACAUGUGUAAGUUAAAGCCUUCAAAUUUUAUAAUGGUGCAUUGAUGGUGUUUGUACAUGUAUGUUGUUAAAAGUUAAAAUGUUCCAUUGUACAGGCCAUAUUACUGUUCAUCUUUAAUUAGAUAUUGAAGUUUAUACGCAUUUUAUAAGAGCUUUAGCUAUGCAAAUUUUCUGGCAAACUGUUUUACUUAACAAUAAAUCAUUUUUGAUAGG